AUGAUAUUCUGCUAUCAAUGAAAACGAGGAGGCAGCCAGCAGAAUUAUUAUAAUCAGUACAACAAUAAUUAAUAAGGGAAGCCAACAUUAAUUAUUAGGGCUAGAAUUAUUUAAGAAGCAGGUCAUUGUUAAUUGUGGGUUUUUGGUAUGCUGGAGUUUUUGUUCGGCCGAGAAAGAAAAGAAGAGUACGAGCAGCUUCGAGUCGAAAGGAUGGAUGACACUAAUGAAAUUAAAGAUAUCGAUUCUGACGUUGAUGAUGAUGAUGAUGAUCUUAAUAAACCAUUAUGGAAAACGUUUAGCCCGGAGCUUGAAUCAAGGUUGAGUUGUGUCAAAACGUUUUUGAGGAAUAAUAUGGUUCCUGUUUCGGUUUCUGUAGCAAUGGUAAUGUGUUAUCUGCUCUUAAGAUCAAAGAGGUCAAAAUUUAAAGUUACUCCAUAUUCAGACUUGUUGAAGGGUCUUCGAGAUGGAACUGUGACGAGGGUUCAGUUGAGAGAAAACUCACGUUGUGUAGUGUACGACAGUGUGCCACGAAUUUCCGAGAGUGCAAAAGUAUUAAAUCAAGGAAGCAGUCCUAUAUUAAAAUUCCAAAAGAUGCUGGCAUCCAUGGUUGGAAAUUUGUUACCAAAACACGACAUCAUACCCGGGUUAUACCACUCACAAAUUGUUGCCGAUAAAAAGAACUUGGAGCUUGUUGCUAGCCAAUUACCUAAACAUGGGUGGCAGUUUUCUACAAGAUACAUUGAUGAUGAUUAUAGAGAGCUUCUUAAUUUGAUGAAAGAAAAAGGAACCACGUAUGCGUUAGACCCUGAACCGUUUGUAGUUUCAGCGGGGAGAAGGGUUUGUUCUACUUUACUAAGUCAAGCACCUUCAUGGGCUAUGUUGUCAUUGGUUGCUCGUGGAUUAGGUGGUGGUGGUGGUGGUAGCAGUAUUGCAAGAAAACCCAGUAAAAACGAUAUGGUAACUUUUGAUGAUGUUCAAGGAGUAGAUGAAGCUAAGGCAGAGCUCAUGGAGAUUGUGUCAUGCUUGCAAGGAGAUUCAAACUAUGCACUUCUAGGAGCAAAGAUACCUCGAGGUGUUCUUCUAGUGGGUCCACCUGGAACAGGGAAGACACUACUCGCCCGUGCAGUUGCUGAAAAAGCCGGAGUCCCAUUUUUCAUCACUUGUGCAAGUGAAUUUGUGGAGAUGUUUGUUGGAAGAGGAGCUAGUCGCAUCAGGAAUCUAUUUAAGGAGGCUAGAAAACAUGCGCCAUCUAUCAUUUUUAUCGAUGAACUAGAUGCAGUUGGGCUCAAGCGUGGUAGAGGCUUUAAUACCGAGGGUGACCAAACAUUAAACCAACUGUUGACAGAAAUGGAUGGAUUCGAGUCAGAUAAGAAGGUGGUGGUAAUUGCAGCAACAAAUAGGCCUGAAAUGUUGGAUUCAGCUCUCCUCCGUGCUGGCCGAUUUUCAAGAAAAGUUUUUGUGAAGGAACCGGACGAAGAAGGAAGAAAGAAAAUAUUGGCUGUUCAUUUCAGAGAUGUACCCCUUAAGGAUGACAGGGAUGAUAUUUUUAAUCUGGUUGCAUCAUUGACACCAGGUUUAGUAGGUGCUGACCUAGCAAACAUUGUCAAUGAAGCUGCUCUUCUUGCUGCACGUAGAGGUGGAGUUUGUGUGUCAAGAGAUGACGUAAUGAAAGCUGUUGAAAGAGCCAAAGUGUCGUUUGGCGAUAGGCAGCAACAGCAGGAGUUCAGUGAAAAAGAAGCACAAGAAAUUUAUUCGAUCUCGAACCAACUACUUGCACGGUCGAAGCUUGACUUUUGAGCAACAAAAGGCAGACAACUCUCUUUUUGCAGAUCAUUUGGUUAGGCUGGAACGAUUUGGAAGCAUUUUCUGUUGUCUUUCCAUUUUAUGUUUCUUAAUCAGUGAUCUUAACUCCACUCAUAUUAAUUAACUUAUGCAAUAAUUUAUGGUGGUCACUGGUCACUUCAAUGUAUAUAUUAAUGUCCCAUAUAUUUGCCUAAAUAUGCUAAAAAAUAAAUGACUGAUGUGUUGUUUUGUAGAUAAAAAAUAAUAUGUUUAUAUAUUUGGCU